UAAUUCUCUGCAAUAUUAAGUAUGACGUACAGGUUCAACCGAAGCCGGAAUUUCCCUUGUUGACUUCUCGGCACCUCUUUUGGUUUGAGCAAUAAAAUAAUUUCGUGUAUAUUUCACGACCGACAUGUAUAGUAUAUAGCAUCAUAGCAAUAGUUGUUUUGCUGGCCGAGUCGACGAUGCGGGAGACCAGAAGUGAAAGAGCUCCCCUCUUGGAAAACGGGGAAGGAAGAAAGAGAGAUGAUGCCUCAGCUGAUCAGCUGAAUGACCUUGAACAUGGUGACGCUCUACCGGCUGCAAAUGUGGGAUUCUGUCGAGUGCUUUCACUUGCGAAGCCUGAUGCUGGGAAGUUGAUACUUGCGACAGUGGCUCUGUUGGUUGCAUCCACUUCAAGCAUCUUAAUUCCAAAAUUUGGUGGGAAGAUAAUUGACAUUGUUUCGGGAAAUAUUUCAACCCCUGAGGAGAAAGCUAAAGCUCUGGAUGCUGUCAAGAGCACCAUACUAUCUAUCUCUCUGAUUGUUGUUGUGGGUUCAGUUUCCACGGCACUGCGAGCAUGGCUUUUCUCUUCUGCCAGCGAAAGGGUUGUUGCACGGUUGAGAAAAAGAUUGUUUAGUCAUCUUGUACACCAAGAGAUAGCCUUCUACGAUGUUACUAGAACUGGAGAGCUUCUAAGCAGGCUAUCUGAAGAUACACAGAUAAUAAAGAACGCCGCAACUACCAAUCUCUCUGAGGCCUUAAGAAACUUAUCAACUGCCUUUAUCGGUCUCUCUUUCAUGUUGGCAACAUCAUGGAAGUUAACUUUAUUGGCUUUGGCUGUUGUACCUGCUAUUUCUGUUGCUGUUCGUAAAUUUGGCCGGUUCUUGCGUGAACUUUCUCACAAAACUCAAGCUGCAGCAGCAGUAGCUUCUUCGAUCGCUGAGGAAUCCUUUGGCGCUAUAAGAACGGUGAGAUCUUUUGCCCAAGAAGAACAUGAAAUAGCACGAUAUUCUGAGAAAGUUGAAGAAACACUUAAGCUUGGACUUAAACAGGCUAAAGUGGUUGGACUCUUCUCUGGAGGCCUCAAUGCAGCAUCUACACUGUCCGUUAUUGUAGUUGUUAUAUAUGGAGCUAACUUGACAAUCAAGGGUUCCAUGUCUGCGGGUGACCUUACAUCUUUCAUUCUUUAUAGUUUAACAGUGGGGUCUGCUGUAUCUGGUCUGUCAUCAUUGUAUACAGUAGCAAUGAAAGCUGCAGGUGCUAGCAGACGGGUGUUUCAACUUCUGGAUCGAGUCUCUUCCAUGCCUAAGUCAGGAAACAAGUGUCCUUUGGGUGGCCAAGAUGGUGAAGUGGAACUAGAUGAUGUUUGGUUUGCCUAUCCAUCACGUCCAAGUCAUACAAUACUCAAGGGAAUCACAUUGAAACUGCAGCCUGGCUCAAAGGUUGCUCUAGUUGGUCCUAGCGGUGGUGGAAAGACUACUAUAGCUAACUUGAUUGAAAGAUUUUAUGACCCAACCAAGGGAAAGAUCCUGCUGAAUGGGGUUCCUCUGGUAGAAAUAUCACAUGAGCAUCUACACAAAAAGAUCAGUAUAGUGAGUCAGGAACCUAUCCUUUUCAACUGUUCUAUAGGGGAGAACAUAGCCUAUGGACUUGAUGGCAAAGUUAAUCUUGUUGACAUAGAAAAUGCGGCUAAAAUGGCCAAUGCACAUGAAUUUAUAUCGAAGUUCCCAGAUAAAUACCAAACACAUGUUGGAGAACGUGGGGUUCGGCUUUCGGGAGGACAAAAGCAAAGAGUAGCUAUUGCUAGAGCACUGCUUAUGGACCCAAAAAUUCUUCUCCUGGAUGAAGCCACUAGUGCCUUGGAUGCUGAAAGCGAAUACCUAGUACAGGAUGCCAUGGAUUCUCUGAUGAAGGGAAGGACAGUUCUGGUUAUUGCUCAUAGGCUGUCUACUGUUAAAAGUGCAAGUAUUGUAGCAGUUAUUUCGGAUGGUCAAAUAGUUGAAAGUGGCACCCACGAUGAACUUCUCAACAAGAAUGGUGUUUAUACUUCCUUAGUCAGAAGACAACUACAAACAGCAAAAACUGAAAUCUAGUCACUUAGCUGACUGUGUAUGAUUCAUUGCGAUGGCCUCUCGAAUCCUGAUAUAUUAUCCAAUCCGCCAAGGCAGUCGGCACACGAUAACUCUUCCAGAAUGAUUUGUGCCGGAACUUUAAUGCCCAACUACUCUGUUAUUAGUUAAUAGAAUAUUAAUUCUAACACCAAAUUGAACUUUAAGACCACUUUUUUUCUUUUUCAGAAGCGUUAUGUGCUCUCCAUGUUAUCAAGAAAAUAAAGUCCUGUUUGCUAGGGUUCUUAUUCUGA